AUGGCAGGACACAACACAGAGGAACUGACAAUCCAACUUGAGGAAUCUUUGGGCAUCUCCUCACAGGAAAAUGGUCCAAAGCUGAUUGGUGCGGUAAUAGCAAACAAGAUGCCCAAUCGUGGGGCUAUCAAAAACAUCCUGAAAACAGCAUGGCAAGAGUUCAGAGAAGCAAAGAUCACCUGGAUACGUGAGAACCUGUUUGCCAUCUCUAUCCAGGAUGAGGACAUGGCAAGGAAGAUCCUGGAGCGUGGCCCAUGGUCUGUCAUGCAUCACUGCUUCUCGGUUAGAAGAUGGCCAUUGGAGCUAGCGGUGAAAGAAAUUGAUACCCAUCUGGUCCCUUUUUGGGUACAGGUUCAAGGAAUUCCCUUGAAUCUAUGCACCGAGGAUAAUGCUAUGAAGAUUGGGAGGAAAAUUGGAGAUCUGGUGGAAUAUGAGAACCCCAGCCAAGCCAGAGGUUUCCUGCGCCUCAUAGUUGAAAUAGACACCACCCAGCCCCUUCCAGCGGGCUUCUGGCUCCCUCGCAGUGAUGGCUCUGAAACCUGGGCAGAACUGCAGUACGAGCGUCUAUCUGAUUUCUGCUAUAACUGUGGUAGACUUGGGCACUGCAACACUGAAUGCCCACAAGAGAAAGCGAAGGAGGGAGCUGCGGGAUAUGGUACCUGGACAAGAGCCAGAGUUAUCAGAGAGCUGUAUGAACAACCCAAACCCAUAUCGGCGCCGCAAGGUGAGCGAAGGGCGGCAGCAACACCAAAUCAGAGACGAACUAAUGGAACCAGGCGCGUGAGAUCAGGAAGGAAAUAG